AUGGGCUGCGCACAGGGCGUCGUGUCCAAUCCGGUACAGCCCGCGGCCAUGGAACCCAACAAGCCCAUCGAGCCUGUGCAUCAACAUUCGGAGACCUCCUUGUCGCAGCCGUCGGGCAGCUUGAAGCAGUCCUCGACUCCUCUCGAACGAAAGGUGAGCAGCGAUGGCUCGCCGAUUGUCAUGGGGAAGUACAAGAUGAGCAUGACCAAGCAGGACCUGAUGGGCGAAGGGACCUCGAGCAUCUGCCGAAAAGGCGUCUGCAUGGAGACCGGCACCGAAGUGGCCAUCAAAGUCUACAAGGCUUUGAAGGAGACCCACAAGGGCGAGGACGUGCGCCUGCAGAAGUUCCGCAGGCAGAUCAGCGUCCUGAAGAUGUUGCAGGAGCCCUUCGGCACCGUGUCGGACGAGACACUCUGGCACCCGCAGCUCGCAGCGACGAAGCCUUCCAAGCUCUUCAUGUCGCUUCUGGACUACAGCAAGGACAAGAGUGGAACUCCAGCUCCGGAUCCGACAGACGGGGUGAUGUACGUGAUCACCGAGCUGGCUCAGUACAGCUUGAAGGACUAUUUGGCACUGCGGAGAGACCAGGGCAAGAGCCUCUCGCGAGGAGCGGUGAAGAACAUCAGCAAGGCGAUCAUCCUCGUCGUCGCGGGUCUACAUGCCAAAGGGCUUGUGCACCUCGACCUGAAGCCAGAGAAUUUGAUGAUGUUCAAUGGCCGGCUGAAGCUCAUCGACGUCGACGGGUGCGUCCCCUGCGGCAGCGAGGUCUCCAUCCAGGACUCCUCCAUCUCCUUUUCGCCAUGCUACUGUGCGCCCGAGUGGGCCCGGUUCCUCAUCGAGGAGACGGAGUCCAAGAUCACGGUGAGGCCGCACUUGGACGUCUGGAGCGUGGGGAUGACCAUCUGCGAGCUGGCCACCUUGGACGCCGUGCUGAAGCCCAUGUACGCCAACUUCUUGCGGAACGGCCACUCCCACCGAGAGGCUGGAUUCUUGUUCAUGGACUGGCUUGGCUCCAUCGCCAAGGCACCCAUUCCCAAGAGUAUUGAGCGGUUCGAUCCAGCCUUCCAUCAGAUGUUGAUCGGCUCUCUGCUGGUGUGCGAUCACACCAAGAGGAAGACCUUGGCCCAGUGUCUGUCGGACAGCUACUUGGAGUCCGACAAGGAGAAGGUGGCCAAGGACGCGUCGGCCGUGGAGCACAGCCAUUCGGAGGCGCCGCCGCUGCCGGUGCACGAGAAGGUGGACCGCACCACGCGGAACCGGAUCGAGGACACCUCCAGCAAGGCGCCCCUCUACAAGGGCACCUUGUGGAAGCUGAACACCGACGGCAAUCCGCAGGACCCAACCCAUUGGCUGAAGCGCGACAUGUGGGUGGCCUUCAAUGGCUCCCUGUGUUACUUCAGCAUCAAGGAGAACAAGCGCUUGGUCCUCGUGGAUGGAUCGAAGCUUACCGGCGCCAAGGUGACCCCGCUCGUCGGCGCGGCGCGCGAGUACGCCUUCAGGUUGCAGUGCUACACCCACGACGAGCAUGAGAAGGACGUGAACAUGUGCUUCUCUGCGGAGUCUCCUGAAGAGUACACGAAGUGGACAGGGCUUCUGAUGCACACCGCUAACAUGGACGGUGCGAUCCAGACCAUGCGCCUGGGCGGGGACGUCGCUGCCGAGAUCAAGCAGUUCAGGCUAAAUGUGAAGAAUCGUCGAAUGAAGGUCGGCGAGGACAAGAAGGAUCAGUUCGCCCCGGUCUUCAAAGCGAAGCUUUGGAAGGUCAAGGCGGAGGGCGACCGACGGAAGGAGGAAGAUUGGUUCGAGCGCGAGAUGUGGAUUGCGAAGAACGGCAGUCUCGUCUAUUGGAGCAAGAAGGAGGAUCGCGACCUGGUCUACUACACCUCCGAUGAUAUCGCACGCGCGACCAUCGCGCUGAUCCCCAACGACGAUAGCUUCAUCCCCUGGGCUUUCCAGGUCCACCUUCCCCCGAUUGGAGAGGUGGAGUUCACACCCGGCGAGUUUGCCGCCGAAUCCGAGGCGAUGCGGGACUGUUGGAUCGAGGAGCUGAAGGAAAGGGUGGCUGAUCCAAGAUGA